AUGGAUCCGCAGAUAGCGGUAAAUGUUUCGCAGUUGUUGCAGGCGACGGGCGUCGCUGUCCUCAUCUUUUCCAGAAACUCUUGUUACGCACUUAUGAAUGAACAAGGUAUACCUACCGUCGUCAUUCCCGCAAGCCUUCUACCAGAACUGCGAAAACUCCCUGAUGAUGUUCUUAGCCGCGCGGAGACCACCGAAAUCAAUAUCUUCGACAAACUAAACCUUCUCAUCGCAAAGGUCUCAAGUCGUGUCUUCGUCGGUCCAGAAAUGUGUCAAGAUCCUAAAUACAUUGAUACUGCAGCAGGCUAUACAUUAGAAUUCAUGAACGCUGUCCACUCCGUCAAGACAUUACGACUGUGGUUGAAGCCCUACCUAGAGCCGCGCACGCCAGAGGUUAAGAACCUUCGCCAACGCGAGAAGCUCGCUAAGAAAAUACUGAGACCUCUCAUUGAAGAGAGAAUCCACAGAAAGGCCAACAACUCGAGCUGGCAGGAGCCAGAUGACUUACUUACUAUGAUAUUUGCUGCAAUCCACACUACUACUGCAACUGCCACUAACAUAUUCUAUACGCUCGCUGCCACCCCGGAAUCCGUACCGUCUCAGCCAAACAAUGACGGAAUCAUAACAUUUUGCGCACUGCAGCAAAUGGAAAAACUCGACAGUUAUAUGAAGGAGGUCAUGCGCGUUUCCCCAUCUUUCCUCACAUCCUUCGUUCGCUACGUCGAGAAAGGAUUUGCACUUAGCACCGGUCAUCAUAUACCCGCAGGCGUCAUGAUUGAGGCUUCUGCUGCUUCUAUCUACAAGGACAACGAGUUCUACCAGUCGCCGGAAAGCUUUGAUGGAUUCCGCUCUUUAUCACGGCCAACGAAACGAGCCUUAAAUUUUGGCUAUGGCAGGCACGCAUGUCCUGGCCGCUUCUUUGCUGCAAACGAGAUCAAGAUGGUCUUAGCGCGCAUGCUGCUUCAAUAUGAUGUCAAGAUGCCCGAUGGAAAGACUGACAUGUAA